AUGGCAGACUUAUUUUUCAACUUUAUCAAUCUGAUGUAUCGCAAAAUAGCGAGAGACGACACAGAAAAUCCGGCGAAAGAUGAAGACAUGGAAAUUGAUUAUGUUGAAGCGAAUUUGACGGAGUUCAAGGCUUUUUCACCGAAAGGGAAGAAGAAUGCAUGUAAGUUAUGAAGUAUCGGAAGGUUGAAAAUUCGCGAAUUUUUUUGAAUGGGUGAAAAAUCGAUUUUUUUUGUUUUAUUGAUUUUUGCAUAUUUAAUUGUCAUUUUCUCUCUGAAAACAUGCUGAAAAUCCCCAGUUUCCACCUGAAAAUCAUGAAUUUUCAGCUGAAAACUCGUGGGAUUUAUUAGCAUAUUUUCAGCGGGAAAAUGAGCAGAGAUGCGGAAGCUAUGCUCAAAUUUUCAAUCUGAAAAUCUCAAAUUUUCAGUCCCACUCGCUCGUUCGGGUCAUCGAUGUUUCUGCGACGACGAUCAUUUCUAUGUGAUGGGCGGUUUCAACAACAUCUACAACGGCGUCAUUUAUCGCGAAUUUUGGGCGCUAAACUUGACCUCCUUCGAAUGGCGAAGAUAUCAGUUGAAAGGCGAUUUUCCGGAUAAAUUGGCCAGUUUUUCGGGUGCACAAUUUGAGCCAUUCUCCAAAACGAUUUUGAUUUUUGGCGGAAGUGGUUCGAUUUUUGGCAGCUCUUCGACUAAUGAUUCAUGGAUUUUGCAUAUUGAUAAUAUGAAUUGCACGGUUGAGGGGAAGGUUUUAGAGACCGAGGGGGAGAAACCAGUGGCCAAAUAUGGACAUGUAAGUUCUGAUACCAUGAAAAUUGUCAUUUUCGCGCUGAAAGCAUGCUGAAAAUCCCCAAAACACGUGGGAUUUAUCAGCAUAUUUUCAGCGGGAUGCGGAAGCUAUGCCCAAAUUUUGCAGGCAAUGUGUCUCGGCGAAAAUCCGCUUAAAUUCUACGUAGUUGGCGGAACUCAGGGCGAUGUUUUCGAUAUGGAAGUUCAUAGUUUGAAUUUGCAAAGAGUGUCGGAGGAAUCGAGAGAAUUGAAAUGGGUUUGGAAACAUGAGACUGCGGAGAAGGUAUGUACUGUAAAAAAUUUCAGAUAGAAAAUCACAAAAUUUAGCUUUUAAAACUAAUUUCACAUUAAUUUCGUCAUUUUCGCGCUGAAAACAUGCUGAAAAUCCCCAUUUCCACCUGAAAAUCUUGAAUUUUCAGCUGAAAGCUCGUGGAAUUUAUCAGCAUAUUUUCAGCUCGAAAUUUACCAGAGAUGCGGAAGCUAUGCCCAAAUUUCGAAUUUUCAGAAACCCGGAGCCGGUCGAUAUCGAAUGGAAACGACAUACGACGAAAAAUCCGAAAAUCUUCUAUUUUUCGGUGGUGGCGAUAUCGAAAAUGUGAUCUCAUUCGAAACAAUCGAAGGAUUCAAUGUGAAAACGAAUAAAAAUGAGAUAAUUGCUGCGAGUGCUGAUGAAAAUGGAAAAUAUCCGGCUGCACGAAGAUGUCAUUCAAUGACUAGAUUUGGUAGAAAUGUUAUUAUUGCUGGAGGAGCUGGAAUGGAAACUAGACGAAUUGUUGGAGGAAGAAUUGAACCUAUGGUAUGGGAAAAUGUAUUUUUCAUGGCUGAAUUUAGAGAUUUUCAUCUUGGAAAACACAAAAUUCAGCGUUGCAAACCUGUUUUACAUGAAAAUUGUCAAUUUCUCGUUGAAAAUAUGCUGAAAAUCCCUAUUUUUCAUCUGAAAAUCAUGCAUUUUCAGCUGAAAACACGUGGCAUUUAUCAGCAUAUUUUCAGCGGGAAAUUGACUGGAGAUGCGGAACAUACCAUUUCGUCUUCUAGCUGGUUACUAUUUCUAUUUGAAUCAAAAAUAAGGCUCAUUUAUUUUUUUUCCCCAAUUUUUUUGCUGGGUCACGUUCACUUUUUUUCAAAUUCUUUUUUUCAAAAUCUUUUUCAGAAAUGACAGAUAUUUAAGAGUGUUUAGAAAUGCUCAAAAACUGUCUCGCGUGGUCAAGUGGGUUAGGCUUGAGAGUGUGGAUUGGGGGGUGAUGAGUUCGAGGAAUGGUCGAAGCAGAUCUUUUCUUCACAGUACAAAGAGUUAGAGAGCACAGAGAGCCUAGAGAAUUAGGAAAGGUUAGAGGCAUAGAGAGCCUAGAUAUCCUGAAGAGCUUAGAGAAUUAGAAAAGGUUAGGAAGCAUAGAAAGUCUAGAGAGCACAGAGAGCCUAGAGAAUUAGAAAAGAGCGUAGAGAGCCUAGAAAGUUUAGAAAAGUCUAGAGAGUCUAGAGAGUCUAGAGAGCCCAGAGAGAAAAGGUUAGGGAGCAUUUAUGAAAUUUUGAGGUUCAUGAAAAUUAGUUUUACUGGUUAAAAAUGUUUUGGAAGAUGAAUUUAAAAUUGUUUUGAACUUCAAAAAGAAAACAGCUUUUGAAAUCGUCACUUUCGCGCUGAAAAUAUUCUGAAAAUCCCCAGUUUCCACCUGAAAAUCAUGAAUUUUCAACUGAAAACUUGUGGGAUUUAGCAGCAUAUUUUUAGCGGGAAAAUGACCGAAUUUGCGGAAGCUAUGCCCAAAUUUUAGGCCGGAAAUUUCAGAAAAUCUAAAUUUUCAGACCACAAUAAUGAAUGAUAUCUGGAUAUUCAACCUGGAUUCUCGUCAAUGGCGUAAACACGAAACAACAUUGCCAGUUCCAGUUUUCUUCCACGAUGCCGCAAUCACAAAAGACGGACUUUUAUUGAUUUUUGGCGGAACAAUGUCGGAAAAGAGUAAUAAGAGAACAAAUGCGAUACAGUAUGCUUGGUUUUCGGCGCCUUCUUUGAAGAGAAUGGCUUUGAUUGAGAUUCGCAAAGAUCGCUCAGAUGUGAGUUAAAAAUCGGGAAAAACGGCCUAGAAAUUCAAUUUUCACCUUAAAAAUGAAAAAAAUUAGCCUCAAACCUCACCCAAGAACCUGGAGAAGUAGGGAAAAAAUUGCCCACCUGGGUUUAUUUUCAAAAAUUGCCCACCUAGUAAAAAAAAUUUUGCGCACCUGAGGCUCGCCUUAAAGACCCUAAGAAAUUUUGCCCACCUGAGGCUCGCCUUAAAGACCCUAAGAAAUUUUGCCCACCUGAGGCUCGCCUUAAAGACCCUAAGAAAUUUUGCCCACCUGAGGCUCGCCUUAAAGACCCUAAGAAAUUUUGCCCACCUGAGGCUCGCCUUAAAGACCCUAAAAAAAUUUUGCGCACCUGAGGCUCGCCUUAAAGACCCUAAAAAUUUUUGCCCACCUGAGGCUCGCCUUAAAGACCCUAAGAAAUUUUGCCCGCCUAGGUUUUUCGAAAAAAAAUUGCCCACCUAGGUUUUUCGAAAAAAAAUUGCCCGCCUGGAAUUCCAGGUGUUGGGUGAGGUUUGAAUUAGCCUAGAAAUUAAAAAAUGGCCUAGAAAACCAAAAACUAGUCCCUGACGCUUCAUUUCUUUACAGAUUUUCGAAGGAUUAGACGGUGGCUCAUUAGAUUAUUCCAAAGAUUGCCCUGAAAUCUAUUGUCGAAUAGCCGACUCUAAAUAUCUCGAAACCCGUCUCGAAAAACAGGAGGAAAAAUGGCGAAAUUUGCCGCGAAUCGUUGUUCCCGCCUAUAAAAAUGCGCGUGGCAUCGACUUGGCCGAAUUUGAUAACGGAAAACACAAACGAACUAUGAUCAAACAUUUGAGAAAUGGAGAAUAUCAGCGAUUGCCAAGAAAUACGUUGAGAAGGAAUUUUCAAGAGGAUUUGAGAGUGGCUAGAUUGAGACAUAUUUGUGAGUUUGUUUUUGUGAGGCCGAAUUUAAAAUUGAAAAUUUGUGAAUUUUGAGACUGAAAUUGAUGUGAAAAUCUGAAUUUUUGGAGCAUUUUGAGCUCAAAUUUUACUAGAAAAUUAUUGAAUUUUGAUUUUUGAAUUCUGUAUAUUUUGAAUAUAAAUUUAACCUGAAAAUCCAAGAGUUUUUGAGCCAAAAUUCGACUAGGAAUAUUUUUUUUUGAGCUCAAAAUUGGCCUGAAAAAUCUCGAAAUUUGGAGCAUUUUGAAGUAUUUUGAACCAAGAAAAAUGGAUUUUCAAACCCUUGUUUUUCCAAAACUAGAAAAAAAUCUAUAUUUUAUUUUGAGACUUGUCUAUAUUUUAUUUUGAGACUGAAAAAUCCUCCGAAUUUUAUUCUAUAUUUUAUAGAAAACAUGAAUUUUUGUUGUUUUCAUCCAAAAAUCUUCAUGUUUUCCCAAAGGGAUAAGAAGGUAUUGCAUUUCUGAGCUCAAAUUUUACCUGAAAAAUCUUUAAAUUUGAAGCUUGAUUUCGGUUUGAGAAAUUUUUUUGAGCUUAAAAUUUGAGUUUUUAUUGAAAAAUUGGACAUUUUUAGUUCUAUUCACAAUCAGAAAUCUUCAUGUUUUCUCAAAUUUCCUCCCCAAAACCUUCUCAUUUUUCCCAAUUUCCAGUUGUUCGCCGCGAUCUUCCACUUCCACCACAUCUUCAAAAUCAACAAGAACCUGCAGCUGCAAAUCAAGAAAGAGGAGAAAACAACGAUGCCGAACCAGAAACUGAGUCAGAAGAAGAAGAAUCGCAUUCUGAAACUGAAGAAGAAUCAUCGGAAGACGAGCAGGCGAACGGCGAAAUUGCGCGAAGAAAUGCGAGAAGAGAAAGAGAUGCGAUUAGAAGACGAGCUUAUGAUUUGUUUAUGAAUCGAUUGAAUGGGGAUUUUGAUUAA